CCGCGCGCAUGUGUACUUAGCCGGCCGGAAACCAAAUCGUUUGCGUUAUUAAAUGCAAUAAAAAUGGCGACAACAGGUGCAUCGCGGUCGACAGUUUCCCAAUCUUUGGAGCCCACCUCGCCCGUGGGAAGGGCCCACCAGCCCCCUAUCGAUGGGAGGAGGGUGUCUAUGGAAGCUAAGGUACCGGACGAGAAGAAACAGAAGAGGAAUAUCCAUGUCACAGCCAAAUACAACAGAAAACAGAUGAGGUUGCGUCUCAACAUUGAAGAAUGGAUGGAUGGGCAGUUACGGCAGCUGUACGAAUGCGAGGAGGAUGAGGACUAUCCAGUUGAAAUUGACAUCGAUGUUCUCCUAGAAACGAACGUAGAGAAGGAGCGCGUGAAAUUUGUAGCAGAUAUCCUCACUGAUGUAAGACAACCAACAGAGACAUUCAUCAAAGAAUUAUUACAGAAAAUUGAGGUGUUGAGUUGAAUACUACAAUGUAUCUAGUGUCCUCCUCUCCAGCAUCUAAGUCCAUGCAACCCAUUAUCAAGUGCAUCAAACAAGGGGGGCUGUAGCAACACCAACAGGGCUGAGGAGCUUACCCCAGUCAAGUUAUCAUAGGAAUCACAGGUUUGCAUCCACUGGUACAUGUACAUUCUGCAGUGAACUACAAUCUUCAUUUAUUUGGAUUAUUUAAAGGGAAUAUAUAUACAACAUUUGAAAACAUCAACAACAACAACAAAAAACUACCAAAUUAUCAUGAAAUACCUUACUGGACUGUUAGUGAAUGACAGCUUUAAGCAUCCUUUAAAAUCAUGGCACCUGGUGUACUAUCAUUUUCAAGAAAAGUGGUAUUUUGUAUCAAUUUCCAAUGCUGGUCAGCUGACUGGCGUUGGAAUGAAACUGGCUUAUUUCUAAUACUACCCUUAAUUUACCACAUUUAGUUAGUUCGUGUUUUAUUUGCAAUUGAUUGCACACUUGUGAACGGGUACAAUCCAGCUAGACUGGUUCCCUGACCUUACAAAUUCCCUGACGUCUGUAAAGUGCUCCGUUUCAUCUUAAGUUGGGUCAGGGAGCCAGACUACUGGAAGAUGAUUGUUGUUCUUGGUGUUUCCAGCAUCUACGAGCACAAAACUUCAAAGAAGUCAGUGCAACAAUACACGUUUGUAUGUACCGUAUUUGCUAUAAAAUACUAACCACCCAAUUAUCCAUCCAUUUCUGAAACUUACAGCAAAAGCCAAUGUUGUACAUACCUGUACAUGUACUGUAUAUUCCCUUUAAAUAUAUUUAUAGGUAGACUGGAUUAUUUAAAUUUGGCCUGUGUAAGAAAUUUCAAAAAAAUCUGGAUUUAGGGAAUCUUCGAAGCUGGUUCUAAAUGGACAUGUACACAUGUACUUGUACAUGGAUGUACCGGUACUGUACUUACCGUACAUACCGUACAUAUUUAUAGGGUACAUGUACUGUAUUAUAAACCAACCUCGGUCCACCUCAUUGUACGGUAGGCCAAGUCUUGUUUAAAAACGGAGGGUUUCAGGCAAUAGUUUGCCAAGACCAAGAUUUUGUUCAGCUCAGCAAAGAAUACAUUGUACCUCAAGUAAUGGGCCUGCCGUACAUUUACUCCAGUCCAACUUGUUGCAUUUGUUUUGGGGAAAGGAUUGACAUGGAUCUUGUAUAUGGUCCCAAUGCCUAAGACACAGUCUAAAAAUAUUUGCUGUAAAUAUGGCAACAUUAAACGUGCUUGUAUGGGUUAAAAUUCAGGGAUUUGUAAUACACUGCAUGCGGUAAUUCCACUUGAUCCUUUUUGUUCAAUGUAAAUCAUAUUUUUUUAAUAUGGUACAUGUAACAUCUUUUUUGGUAUUAAUUAAUGCGGCUUUUAGAAAGUUACACACAUGUACGGUACAUGUACCGGUAUGUACAUGCAAAUGAUGGAUAAUGUGAUACAGAAAGAAGAAAAAAAAACAUUUACAUGUACCAACCAAAAGAAUAGCAGAAUAUACCGACCAAAAAGUUAAGUUCACACGUCGGCUCUCCUCAAAACCACUUCUCUUUUGGAGGAGAAUUUGCAAAGUUUUCUCGAGUUAGAACUAAAAGUACUAGUACCGGUAUGUGGUACAUGUAGCAGAAGUGAUAGUGUCACAUAAUCUGAAAGCUACUAAUUCAAAUUUGAAUUUGUUCUUUCUGAAAUUGAUUUAUCUACCGGUAUACAUACCAAUUACCUUGUAAGUUAAUGUGUGAGUUUGAAACUUGUACAUUAACAGUGUUAAAGUGGACAAUUUCUAAGCCUGUACUUACUUGAUUGACUUUAUUUACUUAUUUUGUUUUUUAGGGGGUGUUAUUAGUUUCUAUGAUUCUGUCUUAUUACUUGCCAUUUCAGUUUCGUAUUUGGUUUGGAAAUGUUUGAAGAAAUCAUUUUUGUGUGAGCACCUUGCUUUAUAAAAGUAGAUGUGAAAUGUGCAGUGUUAUUUUUUUUAAAGUGAUCUACAUACAUGCAGUGUAUUUCCUUACUGUACAUGUACAUGUAAAUUUGUUUACCUGUUAAAUGCAUAAUUUCGGUUUAACAAAAAAUAAUUAAUGUUUUUCCAACCUGUUUAAUUUACAAAACCUUGAAGGCACUGCAUGCAAUACUCAAUAACAUUUGAUGUACAUGUAGUCAAAUGUUGACUUAUUCAAUGACUGCCCGCUUUAUACAGGGUGAGUAAAAAAAAAA